CUUCUCUAACGUAAUCUCUUCCUCUGAGCUUUUGGUUUCUCCAUUCGAGAGGAGGUAAAGCCCGCUUUGCACCAAGAACGAGAAUUGAAGCGAAAAUGGCAGCGAUGGCUGCAUUUCAGAGUUCCAUGGCUUCUCUCUCUCUUUCACCCAGUUCCUUCUUAGGCCAACGAUUCCCGCCCUCUCUCUAUGCUGUACCGGUCAUGUCGGUUAAGAAGCCAUGUCUCAUUGUAAUGAAGCUUAAGAGAUGGGAGAGGAAGGAAUGUAAACCGAACAGCCUCCCAGUGCUCCACAAAAUGCAUGUUAAGGUGGGUGAUACAGUGAAAAUUAUCGCUGGACGUGAUAAGGGAAAAACUGGAGAGAUUACUGGGAUUUUCAGGCAUAACAGCACUGUGAUAGUAAAAGAAAUAAAUCUGAAGACAAAGCACGUGAAGAGCAGACAAGAGGGUGAGACAGGGCAGAUUAUCAAGAUUGAAGCACCCAUUCAUAGCUCAAAUGUGAUGCUUUACUCCAAAGAACAGAACGUAGCAAGCAGAGUGGGUCAUAAAAUUCUUGAGGGUGGAACUCGAGUUCGUUACCUCUUGAAAACUGGGGAAAUUAUUGACAGUGCAGAAAACUGGAAAAGAUCAACAAAAAUUAGUGAGGAAGCUGAAAAGGUGGCUUCAUAGAGCCCAGAGUUUGGAUCCCGUAUUCAAUGUAAGUAUUAGGAAUCCUCGUGCUUUCUUUAGCUGUUCUUGUUUUCUUGAUGGCAAAUAGUUUGGCCUUUGCAUCAGAUUUUGCUUUCUGAUUUAGACAGCCUCAUUCUUGUAGUUGUAAUCCUUUUGAAGUAUGUAUUUAGUUGCCCAUUUUAGUUGUCAGAAUUGUGAAUUGGGUCAGAGGCUGAAGAUUAAAGCUGGUGGGGUGUGCACUCGUAUUGUAAUUUAAGCAUCUCAGUGGUGUAUCGUGUGUGUGGGAAUCUGGGAAAUAGGAUUUUGUUAUUCCCCGUUUUUGUUGUUAUAACUGGCUUAUAUUGCAUUCAUCGGCAAGUGUACAGAAGC